GUGUAUCGAUUCAUGGAAGAUAGGGUUGCAGGUAUUUACACGGACAAGACACAAGAGUCCACAACAACGACAACAAAAAACGGGACUUUCUUCUUCCCUUUGAUCUCAUGUGUUCUUCUCUUGCCGGAAUGUGAAUCAAAUCUUAAUCUUGUGACAUGGGUUCGUAUCUUCUUCGUUUGCUUCUGCUCUUCUGAAUCCAGAAUCUCUUUUUUUUUUUUGGUGAGUUAAUACUAUGUGGAAGAAGACGAAAGCUUUCAAGCAUGUUUCGCCUUUGAAACAGGGGUUCCCUUUAGGAUGGAAGAAUUUCAGAGCUUUCUGCAAUACAGCCAUUAAUGCCACUCUGAGUGGAGUUUAUUCCACAGAGCAGGAAGUUGUGAUUGCUUUGGGAAGUAAUGUCGGAAACCGGAUCAAGAAUUUCAACGAUGCUUUGAACCUGAUGAAGGGUUCGGGGAUUGACAUAACCAGACACAGCUGUUUGUACGAAACUGCGCCCGCUUAUGUCACUGACCAACCCCGGUUUCUGAACGCUGCAGUUAGAGGCGUGACAAAGCACGCCCCUCACGACCUAUUGACCGUACUCAAGACAAUCGAGAGGGAAAUGGGUCGUGGAAAUGGCAUAAGGUAUGGACCGAGACCACUUGACUUGGACAUAUUGUUUUACGGGAGGCUUAGAAUAAGCUCUGAUAAGUUAACGGUACCUCACGAGAGAAUUUGGGAGAGGCCGUUUGUAUUGGCUCCUCUGGUGGAUUUGCUCGGAUCAGCUGUUGAUAAUGAUACAGUUUCACAUUGGCAUUCCCUCUCUAUCCAUCCUGGUGGGCUUUUUGAGGCAUGGGAAAGACUAAGCGGUGAAUCUUUGAUCGGGAAAGAAGGUAUCAGAAGGGUCGUACCGAUAGGGGAUAAGUUAUGGGAUUUCUCUGAAAAACCUUAUGUGAUGGGUAUACUCAAUCUUACACCCGACAGCUUUAGCGACGGAGGAAAGUUUCAAUCUUUAGAUUCUGCAGUUUCCCGGGUUCUUUCAAUGGCUACUGAAGGGGCUGACAUCAUCGAUAUCGGUGCACAGUCGACAAGACCUAUGGCUUCAAGGAUUUCUGCCCAAGAAGAACUGGAUAGACUGAUUCCUGUCUUAGAGGCUGUCCGGGUUAUGCCCGAGAUGGAAGGAAAGCUCAUAUCUGUUGACACGUUCUCCUCGGAGGUUGCUUCAGAAGCUGUAAAGAAAGGAGCUGACAUUGUGAAUGAUGUAUCUGCAGGAGCAUUAGACCCGAAUAUGUACAAGGUUGUGGCUGAAUCUAGGGUUCCUUACAUUGCCAUGCACAUGAGGGGAGAUCCAUGUACAAUGCAGGACAAAGAAAACUUGAAGUACGAUGAUGUCUGCAGGGAUGUGGCCUCUGAACUCUAUGCGAGAGUUAGAGAUGCAGAACUCUCGGGAAUUCCGGCUUGGAGGAUCAUGAUAGACCCGGGAAUCGGGUUUUCGAAGAAGGUGGAUCAUAAUUUGGAUAUCCUCAUGGGAUUGCCAAAGGUCAGGGAAGAGAUAGCAAAGAAAAGCCUAGCCAUUUCUCAUGCUCCUCUAAUGAUUGGCCCUUCGAGGAAGAGAUUUCUAGGGGAUAUCUGUGAUCGGCCCGUUGCCAGAGACAGAGAUCCAGCAACAGUUGCAUCGGUUACAGCUGGCAUAUUACGAGGUGCCAAUAUCAUUAGGGUUCAUAACAUCAGAGAUAAUGUUGAUGCUGCAAGGCUAUGCAAUGCAAUGCUGAGAAGAGGAAGAAGCUCUUGAGGAUGAUGAUCUCACAAAAAGGUUCAUUUCUUGGGGGAUAAUACUUUCUUUUGAAGAUUAUGUUUCAUAUUGAUGUAUUACAGGAGAAUGACAACAUACAUUUUUUCAACCAAGAUUCUCACUUUUGGACAA